CCCUUCCAGGAGACCCAUUCCUCAUCUCUGUUAGAAUGGAGGGACCCAGCAGGUAUCUCUUCUCUGACAGCCCAUCCAUCUGGUGUUCACCUCCCCGCUGAUGUAUAUAAGGCUAAGGACAGACCUUUGUCUUGUGGUAGAUUUUUGCUCCAUCCAGGAGUGGGUUCUGAAAAAAGUGUGAGGAAGAUAUGGCAGAAAUAGCACCCAAAGAGUCCUGUGAGGGCCCACUUGAGGAAACAGAGCAACCAGGACCCCCGGAACCAGAUGAUGGGGGCAUCUUCCAGCAAGUCAACAACCUCCUCAACAUCAUGGAGAACUCAACGGUGAGGCCGGACAUGGUAGGGGCGGGCCCCGACAUGCGGAAGACACUGGCCUCGGUGAUCAUCAUGGAGAAGGCCACCAGAGAGCCGUCGGUAGUGCUGAGAACCCUCACCCACUGCCUGAAGGUGCCAGAGAUCUCCACCCAACGCAAGGUCAACAUUUACAACACCCUCCAGGAGAUCAUCCAGCAGGAGGGAGAGCUGGAUGAGAAGUGUGUUCAGAACCUGGUCUCUGUCGCCUCCCAGGAGAUGAGGGAGGUCUUGGAGACAGAGGGCUAUGUGCAGGCAGAGGCAGCCAGCGACACAUUGGUGGCUCUGUCCCGAAACCACUUCAGCCUGGUCAUGUAUGAGCUGCAGCACCACCUUAAGCCCCUCCACCUCGCCGAGGAAUUUAUCAUUGUCACCCUGGCCAAGUUGGCCAAUGGCAACGUGUUUGAGUUCAUGCCUUACAUGGGCAUCACUCUGGUCACCAUAUUCACCAUGCUGAGACUCGCCAAUGAAGCCAAGAUGCGCCAGGUCAUCUGUGGGGCCAUGGAGACCUUCUGCGAGACAGUGCAGUUUUAUCUGCGGCACCUGGACGACAGCGUGUACCCCGUGAUGGCCGAGGACCAGUUCGCCUCCAAGCUCUUCCCCAUGUACCGCCACUUCAUCACCGUGUGGCUAAGGAGCCAGGACCUCGAGGUGAAGCUGGGUGUCAUCAAGGCGCUGAAGCCCAUGCUGAGCCUCCUGCUGCCCAGCGACGACCUCCGGGUGCAGGUAUACGACUACAUCCCGCUGCUGCUGGCCCAGUACCAGGCUGGCCUGGAGGCCCUGUUCAUCACACAGAUCUUGAGGCAGAUCUUGGAAGUGUCAGUGGCCACCGAGACGCCCAUACCCGCCAUGCAGCUGCACACCAUUUUCACCGAGCUGCACGUCCAGGUGUGUGCCAGGACCCCUGCUCAGCAGCAGCACAGCGGCCAGAACCUCACAGAGAUCGUGCACUGCUUCAUCGCCUUGGCCCGCUGCUACCCCAAGGAGCUGAUGAAGUUUUUCCACAGCCAGAUGGAGCUGAGCAACGAGGCCACCCGGGUGGGAACCCUGACCCUGAUUAGGGCAGUGGUGAGCGCAGAGCCCAAGAUGAAUGGCCGCACCGUGUACCUGGCCAUCCGAGUGGUGAAGAGCACAAUCUCAGACACCCGGUCCAAGGUGAGGAUGGCCAUUCUCCGCAUCAUCGGCCAGCUGGCUCUGUGUGGCUUCCAGGACCGGAUCAGGGGCUGGGGCCUUAAGUACCUGUCUGUGCAGUUGACCCUGUCCACUUACAAGCUGGCAAAUCGCCGGGACCACUUCUACCAGAGGGACUUGGAGGAAAAGAUGGUCCACAAGGUCACCAUGGACACUGUGAAGAUCAUCACGUCCUCUGUCAGCAGGAUGACCAGCGAUUUCUGGGUGAGGCUCCUGGGAUACAUUAUGGAGACGGACUACAGGGAGGCCCUGACCCCCAUCUGCAUCAGCCUCACCAACCUGGCACAGCGACAGAGCAAGGACGGGGAAGACCAGGCCGCCAACACCAGCAGCCUCGUACACCUGCCGGCUCCACAGAAGCUGCUGGCACGUCUGCUAGUGCUGAUGUCGUCCCCCUACAAGGGGGAGGGCCGAGGGAUCGCCAUGCUGAACCUCCUGUGGACCCUGAGACAGAACAUCGUACCCUCCAUGGCUGAGAUGUGGGAGAUUGAGAUCCCACAACUCGUGCAGUACCUGGAAGAACACACCGAGUUUACUUGGAACCAGAAGACCUGGGAGGACAAACUGAUUGAGUUUCUGAGAAUCUCCAUCAAGAAGACUCAGGGCUCCAACUGGAGCCUGCGUCUGAGCAAGGAGUUGAGCAGCCAGAUGGAGACCUUUGACAGUCCCUCUUUGGAGAAGGGCUUUCUGUACCGUGCCUUGGGCUUCACGCUGGCCAUGGGCCUGGAUGCUGACAAGGUGGAGGUGCUGCUGCUGGAGCUCUUGUACAAGACGGACUACAGCAAUGACUUUGACCAGGAGGGUGUGAUCCUGUGUUUUGGUCUGUGUGCCCGGGGCCAAGUGAAAACGGUGCUGAGUGUGCUGCAGGAGUUUGAGGAGCGGAUCCAGGAGUCGGAGCAAUCCUGGCAGAUCGGCGCUUGGCGGAAGGACCAUCCCUGGAGGCGGGAGUCUGUGAAGAGCGCCCUCAUGAUGGUGUACAGCUGCGUGGCCUUUUAUUGCCACCCACAGAUUCUCCUCACGCAUGUGGAGAGCCCCAUCAUGGCCAAGAUCCUCCACCACUACUCCAGCAGCUGCCAGGAUGUCUGCCUCAAGAUGGCCUUCAUGAAGAGUGUCAUACAGGUCACCUGUGCCAUCAAAAAAGUCAAGGACCUGGAGGACUUCCAGUUUUCCCAAAAGAUGUCGGUUACUAGCAUCAUAGCGGGCAUCAUCCAGGCAGAGCCCAGUGACAGCUUGGUUUCUCCCGUGAGAACGGUGGCCAUGGAUGCUUUCUUGCACUUGAGCAAAGUGAAGCCUUUCUAUUCCCUGGAGGAAAGCAUCGAGCUGAUGGACAUCAGUAUUCACUCUGUGAUUUCACUCCGGCCCCCAGGCGAGGACAAUGAGUCCAUCAAGAUCCUGCACACCAAUGCACUGGAUGCUCUGGAGAAGCUGAUUAAGGGUCUCAUGCAGAGGCAGCUGGACCCCAAGGGGCUGCAGGAGAUUGUACAUAUCCUGGAGAAGUGGGUCUUGUCAGAGAAGGAGUGGGAGCGGGAGAAGGCCGUGCACCUCCAUCUGCACUUCAUGCAGCUCUAUGUCCAGAGCACCGGGGUCUGUGUCCCCCUGAAACUGGGGCAGUUUGGCUCAAUGGUGGGGCUUGUGGCCCCCUCCACCUGUGACCCCCACCAGAACACCCGCCUGAUGGCCACUGACAUCCUGGUCAGCCUGCUAGAGCUUCACGCAAGCCAGACCUGCUCCCCCUGGGGCCCAUCCAAAGAACUGGAGCUGGAGGAGUGUAAGAAGGAUCUCCAGGGCUCAGACAUGGACAAGAUCCUCUGUGCUUCCAGCAGGCUGGCCAAGGUGACGUGCACAGAGUUCAACUGUGACGAGGUGGUGUCGCUCAUCCAGAAGCUCUGUGAGAACAUCGGGGCGCUGAGCCCCCAGCACGACGAGGCGUCUGUCACCUGGAUUCGCACCUUCCUCCAGAUGCGCAUCAAGGAGCUGGAGGACAAGGUGGCCGAGAUCCUGGGUGCCAUCCUGGUGCACCUGCCCGGGGUGGACCAGCCCGAGGUGCGGCGCCUGCUCAUCGAGGGCAUCCUGCUGCUGGCGCACCACCACCAGGAGACGGUGCUCACGGCCCUGCUGAGGCAGCCCCUGCCCAUGGAGAGCCACCUGAUGGAGGUGUGGCUGGCGGUGGCGGAGAACAUGUCCUUCGCUCACACCAUGCUCUGGGGGCUGCUGGGCCGCCUGCAAUCCCGCUUCACCCCCCGCGCCCACGCCACCUCCAAGGCCGACGUUUGGCGCUUGGCCGCCGUGGACCCCCUCAUGACGCUGUGCACGGUGCACCUGCUGGUGGAGAGGAUGGAGCAGGAGGACUCGCUCCCGGACCUGUUCGCUGACCUGCUCUACACGCUCGUGCUGCAGCUCGGCAGCAGCCAGGGGCUGGAGGCUGGGUCGCCGGUGCUGAAGACCUGGAGGCUGGUCCACGCCCGGGCACUGCCCCUGGAGAUGACCCUGCAGAGGGUCACCAUCAAGUCCUUACAGCUGCUGUUCAAGAGACUGCACCACCCUCAGCUGGAGCAGAGCCUGGAGGAGCAGGAUGUGUGGCCGCUCCUGGAGAGCAGCGCCACCUUCCUGCAGGGAGUGGAACUGCUGGCCAGGCUAUGCAUAGGGAACGUGGAGGGCUGCCGGCUGAGGCUGUCGGAGCUGGUGCUCAGGGGCUUGAACUCGGACAUUCUGAGCUGCCGGGUCAGCAGCACCGCCAUCUGCGUGGAGUUGAUGAGCACCCCAGUUCUGUACCAGGAGAAGCUGCUGAGGCCGGCGGUGCUGAUGCUGGAGAAAGGCGCGGAGCAGGGGGAUGAGGCCCUCUGGGUGCUUUCCCUGCGUGCCCUGGGUAACAUGGCCCUCGGCACCCCCAAAAAGGUACGGCAAUACCGGAAGCUGCUGCUGCAGAGGUGUGUGGGCUCCCUGCAGGUGCAGGGCAGCAUAACAGUACCCUCCGAGGGCAUGGAGGCCCUGAGCAAGAUCCUGGUGGAGCUGCGGGAGGGAGAUGUGGGGGGCUUCUUCAACACCAUCUCCCAGCAGUGCCGCACCUUCUUCAAUAGCGAGAGCGAGCUGCUACGCCUGAAGGCCUUUGUCCUGUUUGGGAAGCUGGCCACGGUGGUGUGGGUUUCCAAGAAGUGGUUCUUCAAGGGGGAGGUGAAGAAAGCCUGGAUCCCCCUCAUGCUGCACUGCCAGGACCCCUGCUCCCAGGCAGCCCAGGCCUGCAUGGCGACCAUGUUCCGGUGUGUGCCCUUCUGGGGCUGGAAGGCCCUGGAGGGGUCCCUGGGCCAAAGAGACUGCCAGGAGGUUGAGGCAGUGGGCAUCUUCCAGACCACACUGUGCUCCAUGCUGAUGCAGAAAAAGCCGGCUAUUCUCUACCGCUUCCUGCUGGAGACAAUGACCUAUGUGAAGAGCAGCCUGUCGAGGAUCAGAGUGGCCGCGUGCGACCUGGCAGGGAUUAUGAUGAAGCAGUUGUCAGCCCACUACCUGAAAAGGUUGGAUUUCCCGGCCUUCCGCAGCUCGCUCCAGGAGCUCCAGCUGGACUCGGACCCAGGGGUCCGCAAGGCGGCCCUGGAGACCCUCAGAAUCCUGGACAGCUGCAGCCAGCACUCGGCUCCUCCCGGUGAAAAUUCUUAGGUGCUCCCCCGCCACUCCAGUCACCCACUCACACUGCCUCCCCUCCCCGGAGCACCAAGCCCAAGCCCAGCACUCUGAGUUUAGUUUGUAAAAGAAGUAUCACCCUGCAGCCAUCGCUAAGUGGCCCUUCCUUUCUCCCUCCUCCUUCCUCUGGUUGAAAUAAACCACCCUUCCUUGA